GGAUAAUCAGCAAAUAUUGUGAAACAAUUUUGGAAAUCUAGAUACUAGUGCAACGUUCCUAAUUUGGCAGAAUUGUCAGAACUGAAAAUAAACUGGAAAUCAACGCAGUGGAAUAAUUCCUGAUAAACUGCUACAAUUAGAUACUCUCUCACCUGCAGUGUUCAAUUUCAGUUCCAGUUCUUAAUAAUACAGUGUACGUUACUUGUUUUAUACAAAUAAAUUUAGUGUAAUAAGUUUGACAACAUUCAUACAAACAACACAACACCAACAAUUUAGGUUAUGUUAAACAGCCUCAUGUGUUUUACUUAAAUUAACAAAAAUGGGAGACACAAACAAUGGCACUACUGUAAUGUCUGAAGUUCAAGCCCUUGUGAGGACUUGGGAGGAUGAGCAUUCACAGAACACUUAUGAUCCUAUACCAACACUGACAAGAUUGGCUGAAAUAAUUGAAGUGGAGACUGAAAAUUACAUGAAACUAGACCCUGAUCCAUUUGAUGAAAGGCACCCCUCCAGAACAGAUCCAGAUUGCAAACUGGGGCAAAUUCUUAAGGCACUUUUUCGGAAGGAUAAUUUUAUGAAUAAGCUGGUUAAUGACUAUUUAAGAGACACUUACUAUAGUCGAUUAGGUAUAACAGGAAGGAAUGUGGACCAAUUAAACAUAGCUGGUUGCCGAUUAAUGUUAGAUAUAAUGCCUGGCUUGGAAACUUCAGUUGUCUUUCAACCUGAUAUGGAUGCUCUAAUCCAUAGACUAAUUAAAUGGGCAACAAACUCCAUUGAACCUUUACAAAGUUAUGCCACAGGCCUUUUGGCUGCAGCUAUGGAAAUAGCAGAGAUUGCCACACGCUUCAGGGAACAAAACGGAAAGUUGGUGCCACUAAUGUUGCAAAGACUAAGACGGUUGAGAAACUCAUCUGAAUUCACAAAUAACGGUUCCACCAGCUCCUCCGACUCCAGACCGUUUGCUCACUUGAACGCCAUGAAAUCACCACCUCACACCACCAUAAGCACACCGUUUAGCUCACCCGGACUCAAACGACCAAGAGAAAAUGGGGUUGUUACACCAACUGCAUCACCCAGCAGCUCGACAACAGAAACAGAUUCCCCUCAGAAUAAGAAAAUGAAACUAGAAGACGAUGAAAAUGUACAGAAAAUGAUACUUUGCGAAACCAGCAACUCGUCCUGGGCGGAGCUGGAAAGCUUCAUGAUAGGCACCGUGCAGAUUUUCCCCCCGACCAUUGCGACCAGACAAAUCUUAAUACUCAGGUACCUGACGCCCAUGGGCGAGUAUCAGGAGUUUUUGAGCAGGGUGUUCGAAAACAACGCCUUAGAAUUGAUACUUUCUUACGUGAACGUGAGGCAAACCAAAGAGGCCCGACUGGCUUUCGAGGCCCUUAAAUAUCUGGCGUCUCUGUUGUGCCACAAGAAGUUCUCCAUCGAUUUUAUUCAGCUUAAGGGCUUGGAGGCUUUGUUGGAAGUGCCCAGACCUUCGAUUGCCGCCACCGGUGUUUCUAUUUGUUUGUACUAUUUGGGUUACUGCGAGGAAGCAAUGGAACGAGUUUGCUUACUCCCUAAAUUUAUAGUAACUAAUCUAGUAAAAUAUGCGCUGUGGCUGUUGGAAUGUUCGCAUGAUUCAGGAAGAUGUCACACAAUAAUGUUCUUUGGCUUGACCUUCCAAUUUAAGGUGAUAUUGGAUGAGUUCGAUGCCCAAGAUGGCUUACGAAGACUACACAAUGUUAUUGCCACGUUGCCAAUUCUAUUGCCGGACACCGACAAUAACCAACUGAACGAAGACCAGGAAUGCGCCGCCCGACAGAUAGUGCGUCACGUCUGCGUCGCCUACCGGCGAUACUUCGAAGCUCACUUGGCUGCCAAGGUCGAACUGCUCAGGCGCAGCCAAUUGCGGCCGGCCGACAAGAACGCCACGCCCCUUCCGGCUCAGCCCAGUUACAAGGCCUGCAAAUCGUCACCUGAAGAAAUCCAGCAACAGAUUGAGUCGUUGCUGCAGACGAUGCCGUUCAAGAGCCACUGGUUUCCGGUGGACCAGUUCCUGAAACUGGGCGGUAUCACUCUGCUGCUCAAAGUUAUAGCGUUCGCGUAUGAGUGGAACUACGGCGGACGGGCGGAGACCGUCCGCUCGGCCCUCGACGUCCUGGCCAUCGCCUGCGUCAUGCCUAAGGUGCAGCUGCUGUUCUGCGAGCGGGUCGACCUCCCUGAAGAAGCGGUCACUGUUGGUAUUAAUAUAAUCCUCGGAGCCGCCGAAGGCGAAAUAGUGGCUGAUGCCGAAGUGAACAAGGCUGCAUUGCGUGUACUUUGCAAUUGUGUGUGCGGCCCCAUAAACAGAGUCGGUACUUCGGUUAGCAGGUUCUCCUUAAGCGCCUCCAAUUCUCCCAACAAGAAAACCAAGUUCAAGAAUUCAGAAGAACUGAUUCAAAAAGUGUGGGAUUGUGUGCGAUCAAACAGCGGUAUUAUGGUUCUAAUGCAAUUAAUGAAUGUUAAAACACCAAUUACUGAUGCAGAUUGCAUUAGAACCUUAGCUUGUAAAGCACUGGCAGGUUUGGCUAGGUCUCCAACUGUUAGGCAAAUUGUUUCCAAACUGCCUUUGUUCACCAGUGGUCAGCUACAAAAUUUGAUGAGGGAUCCAAUCCUUCAAGAGAAACGUCAAGAACACGUGGCCUUCCAGAAGUACGCUUUAGAACUGCUCGAACUGCUCUCCGGUAAAACCAAGCACAACGGCAACGACUUGGAGGUGUCUCUGGUCAACAUCCACAGGGCAAACGUCGUAGCUCAAACUAAAAUCCAAUUCAUGGACAAACAACUGUUGCAACUCAUCCACCAGCAUCUGGUUGGACGGGGUUACAGCGAUACCGCCGCCACGUUGUUGCGCGAGGCCAAUUUAAGCAACUCACUGGCCGUUAAUUCGCAGCAUCCCAUGAAAUUUAAAUAUUCGUCCACGUUAACACCCACAAGGGCGAGGUUGUCGGUUUCCUCAUCAUGUCCUAAGCCAAGCAGUUCCAGUUGUCUCAACCAGUCAAUUUGUGAGUCUCCAUCUGGGGCUGUUAACGGUACUCCCACCAGUUCGCCCGCUAUCAAAAUUAUCAAGAAAUCUCAGCCUGUGCCUACAACACCAGUGCAAAACUCCCGCUUACAAAAACAAAUCAGUAGCGAACCGACUCACAUUGCGAGGGUGUCCACCUUUGACGAUGUCGCUUUGUGCAGCGAACAAACCCGAGCCGUCACUCUGGACUCGAUAAUCACCGAGUAUCUCGCCAACCAGCACGCCCUCUGCAAAAACCCGAUGGCCACGUGCCCACCCUUCAACCUCUUCGUGCCGCACAAGUGUCCGGACCCGAAGCCACGCAUCGCAACGGCGAACAACUUCGCCCUGCGCUGCGGUCGCCGUUCCAUCGGCCAUCAGUCGAAGACGAUGGACCGGCGGUUCGUGCACUCUCGCUUCUGUCCCGUGCAGACGGUGCGUUCGACGAACGACGAGGGGUUCUUCACGUGCGCCCGCUUCAUGCCCGGUGACCGUACGAUUGUGGUCGGAGGCUACAACGGGGAUAUUCACAUCUAUAACAUACACAGCGGCACCGAGGAGUCCACCUUCCAGGCACACGACAAUUAUGUGGUGCAUCUGGAGCCCAACAGAACUGGGGAGUUGCUCCUCACCAGCACCACGUGGGGCAGGCCGGUUUCAGUUUUGUGGGGAAUGAAGACUUAUGAUAUGAAAAUAGGAUUCACUGAUGAGGAGUACGUUGAAUUUAGUAAGCUGAGGCAAGACAAAAUCAUUGGUACCAGAAGUGAAACAGCAACUAUAUUCGACGUUGCAACAGGUGCAUCAAUAAUGAAGCUGGUGCCAACCAUAAGCAACCAGUACUCAAGGAACAAAGCGACUUUCAGUCAAAACGACGAACUAGUACUAUCAGACGGCGUACUGUUCGACGUAAAUUCAGGAAAACCAAUCCACAAGUUGGAUAAACUAAAUCAAACACAAAGUGGCGUUUUUCACCCCAAUGGGCUUGAAAUUGUAUCCAAUACAGAAGUCUGGGAUAUGAGAACGUUCCACUUGCUAAAGACUGUCUCCACACUGAACCAGUGCUCAGUCACGUUUUCACCAAGCAACAGCGCCAUUUACGCUAUAUCGAUGGAACAAGAACUGGAAGACGGUGACUCUAAGUUCGAUUCGAGCUUUAAGACCGUGGACGGCAUCGAUUACUCUAGCAUCGCCACCAUCGACGUGAAGAGAAGCAUUUACGAUCUGGCGGUUAACGGAUACGACACCCAGAUCGCCAUUGUUGAGAAUCAAGGGAUGUACAACUCCGUGCAGGAGAGCGUCGUCAGGAUUUACGAUGUGGGACGUCAACGAGAUGCCGAAGACGAACAAGAGGAGGAGGAGGAAGAUGAGGAGGAUAUUGAUGGGAGUGAUGGCUCGGAUAAUUCGGACAAUGAUGACACCGUCUUAAUAGAUUUAGGAGGCGAGAAUAAUGAGAACGAGAACAAUGAAAAUGGCAGUGGAGACGAUACGGACGUGGACGAUUUGGACAGUGGAUCCGACGAUAGUUGGGCGGACAUGAGCGCUUCCAGUGACGCUUCUUAUUUGGACCUGUUCGAUAUUUAAAUUGUUUUAAGAAUAGGAUAAUGGAUAAAUGUGAUUUUAAGAUUUAUGAAAGAUGCGACGCUUUUCAAUUACUGGUUCAGUGCAAUAGUACCGGACUUUUAUUUAUUUGAAUGGUUAGUUCCAUUUCAGUUGAAUUCUUAAAUUAACAGUCAUAGUUUCUUUUCUUUGAAAAAGUCGACACAAUUCCCGAUUUCAUUGUGUGAAAUAUUUUUAUAUAUUAAUUUUUAAUAUACUCUAGAUUGUACAUAGUGUAUAAGAUGUAGUUUAUGUUUUGAGAAAUUGAGUUUCUUAAUAAAAUCUUAUUUAUGA